AAAAAGACUUGGAAUUGACUUAUUUUGUCUUAAUGAGUUGACUUGUUUGCCUUAUAUGCAACUAAAGCUCCAUAGAUCUAAGAGCAUAGUUCGGUAAUGGAGAAACGGGUGGGGAUUAUUGGAGCAGGAGCGAGCGGUCUACUGGCAUGUAAAUACACAUUGGAGAGAGGUUUCAAUCCAAUUGUGUUUGAAGCUGAGGAAUGCAUUGGUGGAGUCUGGGUUCAUACCUUAAAAUCUACCAAACUUCAAAGUACUAGGCAAGCAUACCAGUUUUCGGAUUUUCCAUGGCCAUCAUCUGUGCAAGAGAAGUAUCCUAAUCACAAACAGGUCAGGGAGUAUUUCGAUUCCUAUGCACAACACUUUGGCUUAUAUCGUCAUAUAAGGUUCAACACCAAAGUAACAUGUAUAGAUUAUGUUGGAGAGUCCUAUGAAGAAAUGGAGUCAUGGCAUAUGUGGGGCGGAACGGGCAAGCCCUUUGGUUCUAAAGGCAAAUGGCAUGUUUCAGUUGAAGAUAACAAGAACGGCUCCACUGAGGUGCACAAAGUGGAUAUUGUGAUUCUUUGCAUUGGAAAAUUUAGUGGACUUCCAUACAUUCCAGAGUUCCCUCCUAAUCAAGGACCGGAAGUGUUCAAAGGAAAGGUAAUCCAUUCCAUGGACUACUCUGCCAUGGACAAUCAAUCUGCUUCAAACUUGAUCAAGGGAAAGAAGAUUACAAUCAUUGGUUCCAAGAAAUCUGCGAUCGAUCUUUCAGUAGAAUGUGCAACAUUGAAUGGAGUUCAGUACCCUUGCACUAUUAUUCAAAGGACUGCUCAUUGGUUUAUUCCCACUAAUUAUUUUUGGGGGGUCAACUUUGGUUACCUGUACGGGAACCGAUUCUCAGAAUUUUUGGUUCAUAAGCCUGGGGAAACAUUUCUGUCCAGCCUUUUGGCCUCCUUGCUUUCACCUUUGAGGUGGGGAAUCUCAAAAUUUGUUGAGAGCUAUGUCAGAUGGAAACUACCCCUUGAGAAGUAUGGAAUGGUACCUGAACAUAGCUUUCUUCAAGCUCUUUCUUCAUGUCAGCUUGGAAUAUUACCGGAAAAUUUCUACGACAAAGUAGAAGAAGGGAGCAUAGUUCUAAAGAAAUCACAAAGCUUUAAGUUCUGCAGAGAUGGUGUGAUCAUUGAUAGAGAAGAUGAACCAUUGGAAACAGAUGUUGUAAUCCUUGCCACAGGAUACAGUGGUGAUCUCAAGCUAAAGAAUAUGUUCAAAUCUCCAUAUUUCCAAAAAUGCAUAAUGGGGAAACCGGACAGCAUAGUUCCUUUGUACAGACAAAUAAUUCAUCCUCGGAUUCCACAGCUUGCUGUUAUAGGAUACUCAGAGACUCUCUCCAAUUUGAGUGCCUCUGAGAUGAGAUGCCAAUGGCUAGCACACUUCCUGGAUGGAAACAUUGAGUUGCCUAGCAUAAGAGAAAUGGAAAAAGAUGUGAUGCUAUGGAAAAAGCACCUGAAGCAAUGUUCUGGUAGGUAUUUCUCUAGAUUAUGUGUUGGAGUUAUUAACAUAUGGUACAAUGAUCAAUUGUGCAAAGACAUGGGACGAAAAACGCGAAGGAAGAAGGGAUUUUUUGCAGAGUUGUUUCAACCUUACGGACCAACUGAUUAUGCAGAUCUUUCCAGCUGAGGUGCUUCACUUGUAGACAUGGCAGCAUAAAUGAAUACAGUGUAGUUCCAUGAUGGUGAUGUAUACUUAAUAAUUUGGGCUUUUGCAUAUGUAUAAAAGUGCAAAUAAGGAUAUCAACUUUGU